UCCCGUCGCUGACUGCUCUCUGUGACACCGUCCAGCAUCUCCGACACAUGUCCACCCACAGUAUUGUAUCUCUUGUCCUUGUCCUCGCUACCGUUCACGUCGCUACGCUGUUUACUUCACAACGCAAUAUUCGAGCAUCUCACACUACCCAAGGAUGAGUGACAGAUUGGACCGGACCCCUUCGGUGGGUGUCAAUGGUCAGGCUCUGUUCUCUCUCGUCGAGGCCGCCACAGUCGCCCGUCCUAUCCCCACUCCCCGGGACUCCUCGGUCGACAGUGCUUUAUCUCUCGGCAGCUACAACGGUCCUAGCAGCAUCAACACUGGCACCGUCGGCAGCUAUGGCAGUACCUCGAAGGCACACGCUGCUAUGAAGCACCGCAGGCUCUCCUCUACCGGCCAGACAAGGCGCAGAUUGAGUGAUGCACGGGAGGCAACCAGCCGUCCUUCACCCGUGAUGCUCCAGACUGCUGCGGCAGCUCUCUCUUCUUUGGCGACACUUUCGCUCUCAGGCUCUCCUCCGCCUCCCGGCGUUCCCCAGACAGCCACGUCCUUUACUGCCGCCAGUGGCCAGAUGGCGUCAGGACUGGCGACUAUGAUCCCGAAGCAAGAGGCAGCCGAUGAGAACACCGUCCCGGAUGAAGCUUCGGCAACGCCUCCGACAAAGACGGAGAUUAAUGGUGCCGGUAUUAGCGUCACCAAGAGCGGCAAGAAGAGAGGCACGAUAUUCAAGUGCGAAAGCUGUUCCAAGGUCUACCGUCACCCGUCUUGUCUGAUCAAGCAUCGUUGGGAGCACUCUCCCCACUGGCGUGAGGCCUCGAAGUUUUUGCUGAGCAAGCAUCAGCAGGUCCAGCUUCUUGAGGCGGCGGCGAUCCUGUCCCAUCUAGACCCGUCGGCGACCGGGGGGCGCUCGCUGCCAGAAGACCGAUCUUUGUGGCCCUCGUAUAUGUCAGGAGGUGCACUCCCUCCUCCGGAUAUAGCAAAUGGUCCUCAGCAGGAGGGUUCAAGGCCUACUCCGAAGGCCCGCUCGUCCUCGGCUUCGAUUUCAUUCGAUCAAACGGUCAUUCAUCCUACUUCAAGUUCUGUCCCAGCUACCUCGUUGCUCUCUUCGGGCGCCGGCCUCGCCCCCGGGCACGCAUACGGCAGAGGACCUACGCGCUCUCCCUCCGCAGGCCCACGCAUGCACGAUUACGCUCUACCCACGUCCGGCGGCAUUACGCAUGUUCGCCCGGGCGUCGUCGGCGUGCCGAUGACUGGGGGCGCGCAGUCAGACGUUGCGCACAGUCACUCUACUACCGCGGCGCAGUCACGCUCGGCCCCUAUGCCGGUGCCCGCGGCGAGCCGGGACACGUACCGCGACCCGCAGGACGCCAAUGCGUACAGCUUCGUUAGCACAAGCGGCGCAUCUGCGUCUGAAGCCUGGAGCUCUCCCGUCUCGGUGGGCUUUGCGCAGUCGUCCUUCCGGUCGUCUUCGGUCACCUCGCACUCGGCGUCCUUCUCUGCCUCUGGCCUCGAACGCUCAUUCUCGUCCGAGGGUGCGGGCGCGUGGAGCCUCCCGCGCUCGUCGGUACGCUCGAGCUCCUUGUCGCGCAGCCGGAGCGGGAGCGUCGACGACGCAGACUUCGUCGAUAUUGACGGCGUCGCGGAAGACGGUGGCGAACCCGUCGGCCCGGGCCGGUUUGGGUUCACGUCCCGUGGGUGGAAGAUGAACAUGGCGCACGGCGGGAACGGCAAGAUCGAGGAGGAAGAGUGGGACGGCAUGGAAAUGGAGAUGGAGAUGUGAGGCGUCACACUGCGGCCUGCGCUGGGUGUGGGCGAGCGGGGAGAGUGCGGACGGGUGCGCACCAAGGAAACCUCGAUUUCACGGCAUUCACGGACAUUCACGGUAUAUGUAUAUUUGGGCCAGCGGUGCCUUCUUUUUUUGUUUGUGUACUGCGUUGGAGGGUUGCGGGACGCGAGGCGAGGAGUUGGGGCUGAAGCGUAUAGGCGAUUCUUAGUGCAGACAUCUAGUUACCCACAUCUUCCCAUGUACAUGAUUACCGUUACCGCCCGGCGUCGUUCUGUUGUGCCACUAGUACGUGUAUUUCGCUGUACUUGUUCCCAUCAUAUAUAUAUUCACGGUAUCCCU